AUGCACAAACCUCUUGCAACCUCAACAUUAUUUCUAUUGAUGCUUUUGUUGGCACUUUUCUUUCUUUCGGGUUGGUGUUGUGCUGUGCAGGUGAACUUAAUAUCGGAUACACACUACGAUCCGGCCUAUGGUUUGGCAAACGCAUACGGUCCUUGUAUAGAUAAUAUAAGCAGUCCUCCUCUCGGCACAUCAGGAUGCGAUGCACCAAAGGACCUCAUCACAUCACUCUGCACAGAUAUGACGAUACAGAAUUCAACGUAUACUUAUUUGUCAGGCGAUUUACAGAGACACCAUUUUGAUGUUAGUGGGCUUUCUUUAAAUGAUACAUUUGAUUUUCUUUCCCAAAGUCUUGCUGCUGUACAUUCGAGCGAUGGAAAUAAUACCCCAAAAGUUGUGGCUGCUAUGGGAAACAAUGACAUGGUACCAAAUUACACUUUUAACACGACUGAAGGAUCAAAUGUAUUUAUCUCGGAGGAGUCUGGAAUCUUGCAAAGACAUAACCUUCUUGGCAAGGAAGAAGCACAACAAUUUGAGAAAUGCGCAUACUACAUUCGUAUUGUUUCACCAACUCUCAGAGUAAUUGUUCUGCACACACUUAUCUGGUGCUUCAGUUUGAAACCUUCCAUUCCAGACGACGAGAAGGAUCCAUGCGGACAGUUUGAAUUUCUCAGUACACAGCUUGAAGAGGCACGGUUGGCAAACUCAAAAGUGAUAAUCUUGAGUCAUAUUCCUCCCUACAUCAAUGUAUGGGGUGUUCUUACUGCCAAAAAGUUACGCUCUGUUAAGGAGGAUAUGUACUGGAAACCAAAUUAUCAGAGUCGUUACAACACUUUAAUGAAAAAUUAUUCUUCUACUGUAAUGAUACAAUUGUUCGGACACACUCAUCUUUUUUCCCUUCAAGCUCUUGAAAAUGGUGUUCCAUCAUAUGUUAUUCCAGCUGUAACACCUAUAUAUAAAAAUAUUCCUUCUUACAUGGUUGCACAAUUUGAUGAUAACACUUGGGGACUGAAUAGCCUUAUGCAGCGAUUUCUUUCUAACUCAAAAUGGUCCAAUGGUCUUCGUGUAGAAGAUGUUUUUGGUAAUUUAAACAAUAUCUCAUCAAUUCGAAGUGCGGCAAAGCGACUCAUAACUGACAAUACUACCUGGGCACAGUAUGUUACACUGCACGGUGGUGGUGUAGAGAAUCACGCUCUAUUUCCUGGUGGUGAAUGUGAUUCAUGGUGUCGCACACUAAGCGCCUGUUCAAUGUUUUCUGAUACCUGGAACGAUAUUCAGUCUUGUAUGAAAAAAAAAGAAAAGAAAGAAAACCAAGCUCUUACCAUCACUCUUGUUGUGCUGGGUGUGUUGGUGAUAAUGGUGGGAUCAGGAAUGUUGUUUCUUCAUUACAGGCGGCAAGUUAAUCGGAAACGUGUUGGUGAACUAGUUUGCAAUGAUGAAACCCCAAAUGAGGAUGGAACUACAAAUUUUGAUGCUCCGGGUGAAGAGAAUUUCGAUAGGCAAGGUGCACCAGAAGGUGUUGACCAGAAACUACCUCCUCCCAGAGAUGGUAAUAAUGGACAAUAA